AUGGGGCAGAGACGCUACCUAGAGGCUGCGGCGCGGAAACUCCAAGCCAGCUGCCCGAGCCAGGCCCGUUAUCUCCUCUGGACCUACAGUUUGUCAGACGAUACUAAGAACACUUCUGAAGAAACAUGUCCCCACUGUUUCCAGUUGCUGAUGUUGGAUAACUCUAGAGUGCGUCUCAAACCCAAGCUCAAAAUGACACCCCAAAUACAGAGACUUCUUAAUCGAGAAGCAAAAGGUUAUACGCUAACUUUUAAAGAAGCAAAACUCGUGAAAAAGUACAGAGACUCCAGUAGUGUAUUGUUGGUUACUUGUAAAACAUGCAACAGGACAGUGAAACAUUGUGGUAAAAGUAGACGCUUUCUAUCAUCGACAAGCAAUCCUAGCACUCCUCAGUCUUCCCUGAAGACACCCCAGAGAAAGACUCCAAGUUCUGCAAACUCAAACCAUGAGAGGUUCAGUUCCACAGGGAAGAGUCCAUCAUUGAUUUUCAGAACACCUAUGUCUGGACAGUCAACACCCGCGUCUAGACAGUCAACACCCACUUUCUCUUCUUCUUCUUCUUCCAAGAGCAUGAGCAAAAGGAAGAAGCAGGUCUCUCAACUAAAAUUGUUGCUCAGUCAACAGGAAUCCCAGAAAAGUCCAAGGAUGGACUUUAGAAAUUUCUUGUCUUCUCUGUAA